GGAUUACUAUAAAAAACUUUAAUAAUAUAUCAGAAAUCCAUACAAAUAAUAACACUACUACUAAAAUUAAUAAUACCAAAAACGAAGUAAAUGAAAUUGACGACACUGGUUUUGGACAAGAGCUUAGUGACUUUUUCAAGUUAAUUUCAAAUUGGUUUAGUAGAUUGACUGGCGUCUCUAUGAAUACUAAUGCUACGAUUAGUCCCAAUAUAAUUAAUAUAAAGCACAAUUUAAAUAAUGCACAGAAAAAUGCUAGUAUAGAUAUUGUAUAUCCUAUGUACGAUACAGAUAUGGUUGAUAAUAUUGGACACAGAUCAAGAGUUCUCAUGUCUGCUAAUAAUGAAUUAAAAAAUAUAUGUAAAGUAGAAAAUAACGAAGCGGAAAAGCAAUAUUUAAAAACUACAGUAGAAUCAGAUACAUCUACAAGCAGUUUACCAAAUGUAAUUGCUAUCACUAAUGAUGUAAAAUCACUCGCUACAAUCCAGAAACACAAUGAAGUCAACACUGAUGAUAUUACAAAAGAAAGCAAAUCCAACGAUAAUAUUACAGUCAAAUCCGUAGUAAAAAGAAGUGUACCAAAAGAUAGCAAUUUAAUAUUUUGGAAUGACAUAUAUGAUGAUGAAUAUGGAAUUAGACUUGAUCCACUUGAAGAGAAAAUUGCUGAUAAACGCGCAAACAAGGGCACAGAUUUUGUGAAGAAAUCGAGACAAUGGCUUCAAGACAAAGUUCAUAAAUAUUUCAGAGGUUUUAAGGCUAGUCAAAAAAAUAGUAAGAAAAAUGUUUCGGGAGUUAACAGAAAUGGGUAAGAAUGAUUAAAAUCAUUUCUAUUACUGAAAUCAUGACUAAUUUAUUUACGAAGUGAAUAUAUUUUUUCAGA